GUACUCUAAUUUUUCCUCUCUCUCUGUAAGCCCGUUCGAGAAACGGAAAUUCAAUAUCCUAUUUUGCUCUCUUUUACUCUCUGCAUUUAUUCCAUAAUCAACCAGAGAUUCCAAAGAAAAACCGUCACCAGCAUUCAGGUGUUUGUGCGAUUUCCUUUUCGCAAUGGCGGCAGUUUCUCAGACGACGGUUCAUGCCUCUCCGGCUUCCCUUUACGUCGGCGACCUUCAUCCUGACGUCACUGAUGGCCAGCUCUUUGAUGCUUUCUCCGGAUUCAAGAGCCUCGCCUCUGUUCGUAUCUGUAGAGAUUCCUCCACUGGACGUUCUCUAUCUUAUGGCUAUGUCAAUUUCAUUUCUCCUCAAGAUGCAACCAAUGCCAUGGAGGUAAUGAAUCACAGUAUGCUGAAUGGAAGAGCGAUUCGAGUCAUGUGGUCACGUCGGGAUGCUGAUGCAAGAAAGAGUGGAAUUGGAAACGUGUUUGUUAAGAACUUGAGCGAUUCAAUCAAUAGUUUAGGACUUCAAGAGCUAUUUAAGAAAUUUGGAAAUGUUCUGUCCAGCAAAGUUGCCACAUCCGAUGAUGGGAAGAGCAAAGGAUAUGGCUUUGUUCAAUUUGAGUCUGAGGAUUCUGCAAAUGCUGCCAUAGAGUCACUGAAUGGUUUUACCAUUGGGGAUAAGCAGAUAUAUGUUGGAAAGUUUGUCAGGAAGAGUGAUCGAGUUUUGGCCAAUGCUGAUGUUAAAUAUACCAAUUUGUAUGUGAAAAAUCUUGACCCUGAGAUUGGGGAAGAGCAUUUGCAGGAAAAAUUCUCUGAGUUUGGAAAAAUUUCCAGCAUGAUUGUUUCAAGGGAUGAGAAUGGGGUGUCAAGGGGUUUUGGCUUUAUUAACUUUGACAACCCAGAUGAUGCCAAACGGGCAUUGGAAACACUUAAUGGAUCGCAACUUGGUUCGAAGGUUAUCUACAUUGCGAGGGCACAAAAGAAGACCGAACGUGAGGAAGUAUUACGUCGUCAUUAUGAAGAGAAAUGUAAGGAGCAAGUGUUAAAAUACAAGGGAUCAAAUGUGUAUGUGAAGAACAUUGAUGAUGGUGUUACUGAUGAAGAACUAAGAGAACGUUUUAGCCAAUUUGGCACCAUCACUUCAUCAAAACUUAUGCGAGAUGAUAAGGGAAUAAACAAAGGGUUUGGAUUUGUCUGCUUCUCCAAUCCUGAUGAAGCUAAAAGAGCCGUGAACACUUUGCAAGGAUGUAUGUUUCACGGGAAGCCACUCUAUUUGGCUAUAGCACAAAGAAAAGAGGAUAGACAAAUGCAAUUGAAGCUUCAGUUUGCACAGCGGCUGGCAGGGAUACCUGGACCGUCAACUACAAUUUUUCCCGGUGGAUACACACCUUAUUACUACCCAGCACCAGGUGUUGUUCCACCAGUACCAUCUCGUCCAGGUCUGAUGUUUCAGCCUUUAGGAAUGAGGCCUGGGUGGAGAGCUAAUACUUACACAUCUCCUGCAAGACCUGGCUUUCAACCUUCUCCUGUACCUAUUAUUCCGAAUGCUUCGAGGCAACCCAGGCAAAACAGAGGCAAAAUGAAUGGACCUCUGCUUUCUCAUCAAAAUGGAGUCCAAUCUGUCUCUUAUAUGCAAAAUUCACAAGAUGCCAAUCAAUCAAUAGUUACUGCAAAAUCAUCCGGCAAUCAACAGGUUAAGUAUGUCCCAAAUGCUCGCCCAUGCGAAACGAACAAAGCUUCUGGAGCCGCGUCAGCUGCUGCUUUUAAUUCUGCUGUUGGAGAUGUCUCUCAGGGAUCACAAAUACUGAGCAGCAUGCUUGCUUCCUCUCCCCCAGACCAACAGAAACAGAUCCUUGGGGAGCAUCUUUACCCCUUAGUCCAAAAACGCAAGCCGGACCUUGCUGCGAAGAUUACAGGAAUGCUUCUGGAGAUGGACAACUCGGAAUUACUGCUCCUGUUAGAGUCACCUGAAUCUCUGGCUGCCAAGGUUGAAGAAGCAGUGCAGGUGCUUAAGAUCUCAAAGACUAAGCUUUCCAACCAAGACACACUCAAUUUCUUACCAGCUGAGCUUGCAGUUAACUGAAAGGAAGCAAAACUCUUCCAACUUAAAUUCACUUCCUCAGCGAAUUUUUGCUAAUUCCUUAGCUCGAAGUCCCGGGAGAGUACGACAGAUCGACCAUCUCUAGAUUUCUGGUCUGGAAGAGUGUUCUUUCCAGAUUUUGCAGUCAGUUUUUUUUCUUUUGUUUCUAUCUUAUGUUGAGGAACAUUUUAAUCUUCUUCCAUUUCUUAGAAACUACUAACCUUUACUAGUCUAGUAGUAUCUUUUCUUUUGUCAGAGUCAGGA